AGCCUGAGCUGAGCACCUGCUGAGCAGAUCCAGAGCAAGAGAAAAAAGAAGAAGAAGAAAAAAAAAGAAUUAGAAGAAAUACUUACUGUCAACAGUCAACAUGAAGAUCAUGUUUUGCUCCAUUGUUCUUGCAAUCCUGGCUCUAAGCUUGGCCACAGAAGCCGUGCAGGUCCAGGAGGGGGAGUUCUCAUUCUCACUGGAGGCUGUGAAGAAGCUCCAAGAGCUGACAGGCAGCAGCGGGGAGAUGGAGAAACUGAAUCCGCAGCACAGGACCAGUCCAAUGUCUGUCUGUUUCGACCCCCUCCUUCCACAGGUGUUCCUUCCCCUCUGUCAGCAGCCAGGAGCUGCGCUUUCUCUCUCAAAACUAGCAAUGAUUCCCGUUGACGUCUGUGAGAUCUGCUCUUUUGCUGCCUGCACUGGUUGCUAAACACAAGGGAACAGGAGAUCAUCUCUUCAUAUUACUCACUUUGAUAUUCACUUCAUAUUACUCACAUUCAUUUUGUUAUCUUUGUUUGCUUUACCCCCCCUUUUUUUCUUAAGAUCAUUUCUGAUUUUGUUUAGUGUAGUGGAAGGUUGCAGAGUAUACGUUUAGGAAGACAGACACAAACUGAUUGAUUCUGAAGUCAAUAACAGACAAAAAAAAAAGUCACCAGAGCAAAAAAAAGAAAAAAAAAUGUUUUGAGUUGUUUU